AUGGCUUCAACAACACACGCAUCCUUGCCUGCACCAGCUGAAGAUCAGGCCUAUAUGCGCGUCUCCGCUCUCGAGGCAGGCUCUCUUACUUUCCCGCAGUGGUGGAUAGUCAACGGCAUCCCGCCCCAUGCACCUGGUCUGUACAACACCCCUUCACUCUCGUUUUACCUUGAGCAUUCCAAGUCCGGCAAGAAAGUCGUUUUUGACUUGGGCAUUCCCAAGGACCUUACCAUCCUGUCACCACUCACCCAGAACAGGAUCGGGCCGGGAAAAGUCAUAACUGUGGAUGUGAGCCAUGGUGUAGUAGAGGACUCUUUGAAGGCCGGCGGUAUCGACCCGGAUGAAAUCGAUGUCGUUGUUUUAAGCCAUGCACAUUGGGACCACAUCGGCGACCAGCGUCCUUUUACCAAGGCUACUUUCAUCGUGGGUUCUGAAAGUCAUGAGAUUCUAGACUACGCAUACCCACAGAACAAAGACUCCGCUUUUGUAUCGUCCUUGGUUCCUGCUGGCCGUACCCGAUAUAUUGGAGAACAUGACGGAGAUUGGACGUCGCCCAUAGGACCAUGGGAGAAGGCUCACGAUUUGUUCGGUGACGGCAGCACGUACAUUCUGCACGGGCCAGGCCAUCUCCAAGGUCACAUCUGCCUUCUGGCGAGGACAUCUGCGGAAGGCUCGUGGAUCGUCCUUACCGGGGACGCGGCGCACGAUGAACGUCUCAUUUCCGGCGAGCGCGACAUUGCGCAGCAUGCUGACGAUGGGUGCGGAAAACCCUUUUGCAUGCACGUUAAUCCUACACAAGCCCGAGAAACCAUCGCGAAGCUCGGGAUCAUGUAUUACACGCCGAAAGUACACGUACAGAUUGCCCACAAAGCCGUCGACGACUCGUAUUAUUUCCCGGGAAGGAUUCCUGCCAAAAAGUAG